GGAGUGGGGAGAGCGAAAGCAAGGAACGAGGAGGAGGAGAGAUCUGAGGCGAGGGGAGGGGAGGGGGCAGGGCGAGCCCGAGCAUGCCAGAGCGAGCGAAUUGAGGCGGAGUCGCCCUCAGGGAAGUUGUGAGCUGAAUCAAAAGUGGUGUGCCAGCCGCAGCAGCAGCGCUAGCACUGCUAGUACUCCUCCCCGCACCACCAGGUGUCACCAGAGGGUGGUGGUAAGGUGUAAAUCAGCAACAAGCAUGGGAAAUACCUCGACUUUUAUUGAUGUCCUUCUAGCUCUCAUCCUGCCCCCUCUUGGAGUCUUUCUCAAGUUCGGAUGUCAGGUGGAGUUCUGGAUCUGUCUCCUCCUGACCAUUUGCGGUUAUCUCCCCGGAAUGAUCUAUGCCAUCUACGUGCUUGUGGAAUAGGAAGGCCAGGUCCGAUGGCAUCCGUCCUGUCGGGGGAACUCCUAAAAAUGUAGAAACUUUGUGUAUACAUCUGACGAGCCCUUCCACACAGUAAGCAAGCUAGCGAGAGCGGCUGAGCGUGAGCGAGAGGCGACGUAUAUGAAGAUAUCAAACUGAGCAAUUCAAUUUUAUGUACAGGCCCAGCGAAGUCAGUUCCACCUUCUCCUUCGAGAUCUCGCCCGUCUCUUCUAGCCUACUUCUCGUUUCUUCAACUAGACGACGAAACCGGGGCCUCUAUAGCUUCAAAACUGAGACUGGGCGUAAAUAUUUGAGUGUUUAUUCCGAGCGGGGGAGCGAGCGAGCAAUUCAGCGCCGGAUUGGGGGAAGACGAUUAUACACGAGUCAAAACGAUCGGUGCCGUCGUGCCAGUGAAAAAAUUCGAGCUGGCACAGGGAUGCACAUCGGUUUUCGGUGGUAGGCGACCGCGGAAUUAUUCUCGUCGGCGAGCCCAAGCUCUAUGAACGACACCCGUGCAGAACUUUCUGCACGAGUGGCGGCAUUUUUUCUUCGAUUUUCUUAUUCUCGAACAGAAAAAAGUUUUCGGUCGCAUGCACCGCUCCGAACCUGCCCCUUUCCUCCGAUCAAUUCGGGUUUCCAGAGGCACCGCAUUGCUAUCCCAAAAUAAGAUUUUCCUCCCUCACCUGCGAUCUUGUACCGCAAGUCCCACCGCUCAAGACCUUCCGUUUUUGGGUUCGAAUUUUUUUCUCCAGCUAUCGGCUCACGGAUAAAUUCGCGUCUCGCUCUCGGGGUCAAUAUCAUUGACCUCGUACUCUGAGGCCGUGGAGCAGCGCUGAGGGUUAUCUGAAGGUCGACGCCCGCCAUCAUCCAGUCGCACGUAGGCGAUUAGACUCUGGCCGUCGAGAAUUGAGUUGGUCGGGGAGUGACGUCGGUGGGAGGGACCUCGAGGAUUAAAGUACAGUAGCGGGUCGGGCCUGCCUGCCGGAUCGAGCAUGCCGCCGCCGAAGCAAAGACAUCGGUCCCAGGUCUCGUCAGAACUCGUUCAACAGAUUGUUCUUCCUCGGUCAGUUUAGCAGAGUGUUAGAUUAGGAAGAGCGCGGGUGAAGGCCGAGGGGAGAUAGAUGCCCGAUGACAUGGACGUCCUGGAUUUCUACCGCGGGGCGUCCACGGAUAUACAGGAAAUAUUGAUUCUGGCGAUGGCGAGGGAGGAGUACAGCUACUGGGAGUAUGACGUAAGAACGAGGAUCAUCACCGUCACAUGCUUGAACGACCUUAGACUGGCUCCCGAUUGCGAAGAACAGUGCCUUUGUAUACUUCUCGCUGUUCUGAGCGGGCUACCAAAGAAACUCGUAGUGGAAACUAGCUACACGAGGAAUUUCUCGUGCUUCGGCCAAAGGUUCGGCAGCAUAGAGGAGGAGACGACGGACCCUGUUGUGAAGAAUUGGAUUCGCAGGAAAAUGCCCACCGACUUCUGCGUGGAAUUUGUGUUCAACCCCUACGUGGUUCCCAUACCCAUGGACUUAGAGGAAGACGACGCCAGCACAAGUUAUAGAGGAGGAGCGCAGCAGCAGCAGCAGCAGCAACAGGAAACGUAGAACGCGUAGAUAUAUUCGUCCAUCUAGUCUACCUCUCCUCCUCUCGGCUGAUCUGAUUUUGUUUUGCUUUAGAUUUGAUUUGCCUCAUCGGUCCACUUCGAAAGAAGCAGUGGAUCACACUAUAGAGAGAGAAUUUGCUUGUGCUCACAAAAUCUCGAGGUUGGAUUCACAAAUCCUCCUGUUGCACAGCACGGAACCAGCAUUUCAAAGAAAAAGAUCGAGGAGGAUCUCGACUCGAUUUUUGAUC